AUGGCCAUUGACGAGAGCCCCCUCCUCACCUUCUGGGGCCCCGAUCCCGUCCCCCUGCCCUCGCGCUUCGCCAAGAUCAAGAGGGCCCUAAUAGCAGGCCACGAGGAGGCCAUCGAGGCCUCUUUCCACCGCCUCAUCCGCGCCCUCCAGGCCGAGAUUGACCACAUUGAGGACCUCGGCGCCCACCUCAUACCCAGCAUCGAGUAUGCCGACAUGGAGGAUCCCACGCAGACGGCGCGCUUCGGACGCGACCUCAGGCGAUACGGCGUCGGCGUCGUCCGCAAGGCGCUGCCCGGCCGCGACGCCGAGUCCAUGGUCGCCGAGACCAUGGACUACCUCGACACCAAGCGCAGCUCCAACCUCAAGGCACAAAAGCAGGAUCCCACCUGCUACGACUACUUCUGGACGCCCGCCCAGGUCCGCGCCCGCGCCCACCCGCACGUCCUCCGCACCCAGCGCUUCAUGAUGGGCCUCUGGGAGACGACCCCGGACGACCGCCUCGCCACCCGCCUGCCCAUCACCUACGUCGACCGCAUCCGCGUCCACGGCGCCGAGCCGCGCACCGACCAGGGCAACAAGGUCGACAGCCUCCCCGUCGCCGACGAGCCCCAGAGCGCCGACGACUGGAUCAACGCCCUCCAGUCCUCCGCCGGCAUCAUCGCCCAGGUCGACAACGGCUCGCUCGAGCGCUGGGAGCCCGACGGCUACGGCCACGCCGGCACCUACCGCUCCGUCUUCCAGGGCAGCUGGGAGUCCUACGACCCCUGGGAGUGCGCCUCGCGCGUCUCCUCGACAAUGGACCUCUACAACGGCUACGGCGCCUGCACCAUCUUCCGCAUGUUCCAGGGCGUCCUCGCCCUCAGCACCAUUGAGCCCGGCAUGGUCCGCCUCAUGCCCAGUCCCCAGCUCGCCACCGCCUACUACCUGCUCCGCCCCUUCUUCUCGCCCCAGAAACCCGCGCCCGCCGCACGGAGCGGUCCCGAGUGGGACGCCUACCUCGCCCCCGAGAACUGGAAGCUCGAGCGCGACCCGGACACCAUCAUCCACGGCGCCGUGCCGGGCCACGCCCAGCGCAUCACCGAGAAGUGGCAUCCGCACCUGCACCUGCGUAGUAGCAUGAUCACCCUGCCGACCCUCCAGCCGGGCGACUACAUCUUCUGGCACCCGGACCUGCCCUACCACAUCUCCUCCAACAACCCGGGUCUGCAGACACCGCACCCGGAGAGCGUGAGUAUGAUGCUCUACAUUGCUGCGGCGCCCCUGACACAGACCAACGCGCUGUACCUGGCGCGGCAGCGCAAGGCUUUCCAGAGGGGUCACCCAGGACCUGACUUUGACUCCUCCGGGCGGGGGAGUAUCGCGGAGGACGCAAAGACGCGGCCUGGGGCCGAGGUCAUUGCCGAAGUCGGUGGACCGGCUGGUCUGCAAGCCAUGGGUCUGGCGCCAUGGGAGGCGGCCGCCACACGCUCGACGACACCGCCGCCGAAGACGAAUGGAAAGGCGGAGGAUAGCGAGGGGACCAAGGUCAAUGGAAACGGGAAAAAGAGCGAGGAGGAGGGGAAGAGCGCCGUCUCGAGCUCAAAUUCCAGUUCAACAGCGGAAGCCGAGGUGGUACGGUUAUCAAACAUUAUUCUCUUCCCAGAUCGAUCCAUGAUGGGGUACUCGGUCUGA